AUGGGACGAGUUCUGCGAGCUCAGCGUAAGGGUGCCGGCUCGAUCUUCGUGUCGCACACCAAGCACAACAAGGCCCCGGCCAAGCUCAGGACCUACGACUACGCCGAGAGGAACGGCUACAUCCGCGGCCUUGUUAAGGAGAUCAUCCACGAUGCCGGCCGUGGCGCUCCCCUCGCCCGCGUCGUCUUCCGCGACCCCUACAACUACAAGCUGAAGACUGAGACCUUCGUCGCCACCGAGGGCAUGUCGACCGGCCAGUUCAUCUACUGCGGCAAGAAGGCCGGCCUCCAGGUCGGCAACGUGCUCCCCAUCAGCUCGCUGCCCGAGGGUACCAUUGUCUGCAGCGUCGAGGAGAAGUCGGGCGACCGCGGUGUCCUCGCCAAGACCUCGGGCAACUACGCCACCAUCAUCGGCCACGACCCCGAUGGUCUUACCUCGCGCAUCCGCCUGCCCUCGGGUGCCAAGAAGACGGUCCCCUCGUCGGUCCGCGCCACCAUUGGCAUCGUCGCCGGCGGUGGACGUAUCGACAAGCCCCUGCUCAAGGCUGGCCGUGCGUUCCACAAGUUCAAGGUCAAGAGGAACUCGUGGCCCCGUACUCGUGGUGUUGCCAUGAACCCCGUUGACCACUGCCACGGUGGUGGUAACCACCAGCACAUCGGCAAGGCCUCGACCAUCUCGCGACAGGCUGUCCCCGGUCAGAAGGUCGGUCUCAUUGCCGCCAGGAGGACGGGUCUCAUCCGUGGUACCAUCAAGGUCAAGGACGCAUAA